AUGUCACGUAUUAUUGUCAAGAACCUUCCUCAAUACUUGAGUGAUGAUAAACUGAAAGAAAAGUUUACCAAAAGGCUUGUGGAUAAGUAUUCGAGUACAAAUGUGGGUAAUUUGAUUACAGAUUUAAAAAUAUUAAAAGAUAGAGAUGGUCAAAGUAGAAGGUUUGCAUUUAUUGGAUACAGAAAUGAGGAUGAUGCUAAGGAUGCUGUUCAAUUUUUUCACAGAACUUUUAUCGAUGCCACUAGAAUCGACGUUUCUAUGGCAAAGAGUUUUGCAGAUCCUUCAGUGCCACAGCCUGUUAAACUAAGGAAAAGAGAAGCACUUAAGAGACUUAGAGAACGUGAAGAAGAGUUACAGAAUGCUAAUAAAAAGCCAAAGAAGGAUAAGAAGAAUAAUAAAUCAGAAAUUGAUGCAGAAAUUGAAAAAAAUAAAAAAUUACAAGAGUUUAUUGAAACUAUGAAACCAAAUUCACAAGUGACUUCGUGGGAGAAACUAGCUAAAGGUCCUGAGUCUCAAUCUGAGUCUCAACAGGAAGAUGUGCCACAGGGAAACUCUCUUUUGGCUGAAGCAUUGGCAAUGAAAGGCGGAGAAGAUAGUGAUGAUGAAUAUGUGGAUUUUGAUCAAUUACAAGGUGAACAUAAGGAUGAGCAUCCAGAAGAAGAGGAAAAAAUGGUUAGUCUAGAUAAUUUUGGAGGAUCUACUGAGGAGCCUCAAGAACAACCUGAAGAGCAACUUGAAGAGCAGUCUCAAGAAGAGCCACAAGAUCAACUGGCGAGAGAUGAACAGGUAUCUGACCUUGAUUGGUUUAAACAACGACGCAUAAGAAUUAGAGAAGGUGAAAAUGAACCUGUUAGAAAAUCUGGAGAGGGGGAAGAAGUGCAACCUAAGGAAGAAUCACAAGUGGAAGAACCUGUUGAAGAGGAACCUGUUGAAGAAGAACCACCGGCUAAAAGUGAGGAAGAAGUAGCUAUAGAAAAGAUUAGCGAGACUGGUAGAUUGUUCCUUCGUAAUAUUCUUUAUGGUUCUACUGAAGAUGAUUUCAAAGAGCUGUUCGGAAAAUUUGGUGAACUGGAAGAAGUUCACAUUGCAUUGGAUACAAGAACUGGUCAAUCUAAAGGUUUUGCUUAUGUUCAAUUUAAGGAUCCAAAGGAUGCUGUAGAGGCAUAUAUCGAAUUAGACAAACAGAUUUUCCAGGGAAGAUUGCUGCACAUCUUACCAGCAAAUUCUCAAAAGAAUCAUAGACUUGAUGAAUUUGAUAUGAAGAAUUUACCUUUGAAAAAACAGAGAGAAUUAAAGAGAAAGGCUACGGCAUCAAAACAGACUUUUGCUUGGAAUUCCUUGUACAUGAACCAAGAUGCAGUAUUGGGUAGUGUAGCGGCUAAAUUAGGUAUGCAAAAGUCUCAAUUGAUUGAUCCAGAAAAUUCUAGCUCAGCUGUUAAGCAAGCACUAGCUGAAGCUCAUGUCAUUGGUGAUGUUAGAAAAUAUUUUGAAUCUAAAGGUGUUGAUUUAGCGAAAUUUGACCAGUUAAAAUCUCCAGGUCAAAGAGAUGAUCGUGUUAUUUUGGUCAAGAACUUCCCAUAUGGAACCACUGUAGAAGAGUUGGGUGAAUUGUUUUUACCGUUUGGUAAACUGGAAAGGUUUCUCAUGCCCCCUGCUGGUACUAUUGCCAUUAUACAAUACCGAGACGUUACUUCAGCGAGAGCUGCAUUCAGUAAAUUGGCGUACAAGAGAUUUAAAGAUGGUAUCAUAUAUUUGGAAAAGGGACCUAAGGAUUGCUUCACGAGAGACGCACAAACUGAUGAACGGAUGGAGGGUUCAGAAAAACCUGAAGUAGUUAAAGAGGCUAAACCUUCUGCAGAAGAUAUCAUGAACACGGAUGAUACUCAAGCAGAAGCAGAUGAUGGAUUCGAAGGCCCUACAGCAUCCAUAUUUGUGAAGAACUUAAAUUUUGCCACUACUACACAACAAUUGGCCGAAAAGUUCAAACCAUUUGACGGAUUUGUUGUUGCUCAGGUUAAGACUAAACCUGAUCCUAGUAAUACAGGUAAAGUCCUAUCCAUGGGAUUUGGUUUUGUGGAAUUCAAGAGUAGAGCUCAAGCCGUUGCUGUUAUCAACGCUCUAGAUGGUACCGCACUAGAUGGUCAUAAAUUACAGUUGAAAUUGUCUCAUAGACAAGGUGGCUCCACUAAUGCCCCUAAACAAACCCGUAAGAAGAGCGGUAAAAUCAUUGUUAAGAACUUGCCGUUUGAAGCCGCCAGAAAGGAUGUGUUCGAAUUAUUCAGUUCUUUCGGCCAAUUAAAGUCUGUGAGAGUUCCAAAGAAAUUCGACAAAUCCGCAAGAGGGUUUGCCUUUGUGGAAUUUUUAUUGCCUAAAGAAGCUGAGAACGCUAUGGAUCAAUUACAGGGUGUUCACUUGUUAGGUCGUAGAUUGGUAAUGCAAUACGCCCAAGAGGAUGCUGAAGAUGCUGAAGAAGAGAUCAGAAGAAUGACAAACAGAGUCAAAAAACAACAGGCUUCCAGAGAAUAUGGUGCCAUUAGAAACAGUGGUGGUAGAAGAAAAGUGGAUAUCGAUGAAGAAGAUGAAGGAAUGGACGGUGUUUAA